GGUAGAGGAGGCGGUAGCAGCAGUGUAGCGGCGACCCUUAACCAGAUGGAACACGUGACACUCCUCGCUAAGCGCCGUCGAUUCUCAUAAUCUCUUCUCUUCCUCCUCCUCUUCCCCCUCCUCCUCCUCCUAAUCCUUCUCCUCCUCCUCCUCCUCCUCCUCCUCCUCCUCCUCCUCCUCCACUCUUCCUCCUCCGAGUUUCUGCGUCACCUCUGUGGUCGAGUGAGCUGCGUUCUCACCACCUCCUUCAGAAGCCCUAAGACUAUGCCUGUUUGGGGACGUCCGUCCCGUUUUGUCUUCCAAGACACGAUAGUAAAUGUUAGUGUUGUGUUAAUGUUAAUUAGUCCAUCGUAGUGUCUUCAGUGUGGUGGUGUUAAAGGUCCUCUUGACAAAGAGCUCAAUAGUGCUAACAAUGCAACUUGUAAUGGUGUGCACCAUUAAGUAAUCUACGUAACUGUAUCAGGGAAGAAUACUGAACCUGCCUGACUGCCUGUGUGUCAUAAGUUAUCAGGUGUUUGGAGAGGGUGAGUGUACGUACACUGACAACGAAGGGAUGUACAUGGUUGAACUUCAUCAGAGGGAAGUGGUAGCGGUAGCAAGAGGAAGUGUUCACACCAAUAUGUGAACACAUCAGCAAGGGAAAGUGAACACUCCAUAAACAGUAGGCGAUAACUUCCCCUAAAAAAAUAGUACGAGCUGUACCAGCAGAAAGUAUCACUAACUAAAGGUAGUUAUGCCUACAGGAAAAAGUAAGUGAUUAGCAGAAGGUGGUUAUCAUUACAACGGAAGUUACUGAACACGAGCAGGAAGUGAACACCAGCACGAGUUAAAAACGAGAGCCGAAAACUAACAAGAGGUGAACACGAGCAAUAACUGAACACAAGAUAAUGAACACUAUCAGAAAGACGUGAUCACCCUCAGGAACUCAGACGCCAGAAGGAGAAGACGUGGGAAUUGAAGGUGCUGGUAAAGGAACAUCUUGGACCAUCGCCAGGAGGCUUUCAACGGCGGGAGAAAACAACCAGCAAGAACCCUAGUAGUGAUGACAUUUAUUACAGAACGGUAUUAGACUCUAGGUGGUGAAAUAUUUCCUUUAGAACCUCCGGUAGAACACCGUUCACACGUUGUUGACAUCAACAACAGAAGCACAAACGUGAUGAUUUUUAGUUGACGUUUAUUUUGGAACAGUAUUAAAUCCUAGGAAGUAGGAUAUUUAUGCUAGAAUCGCCAUCAAAACUCCGUUCAUCCAUUGUUGUUAUCAGCAACAGAAUGAUUUUCAGCUGACUUGAAAAGGAGUCGAGAAACGACAGCACAACCCCAAUAGUUUGGCAGCUCCUGACAUAUCAGAAUCCCUCGACAAAAACAAGAAAAAUAUGAAUAGCGGAUCAUAAGAAACACAGGAACUCGGAUAAUCGGCGAAGAUAGGAAAAAAAAAACUGAAAGUUUGCCAGUUUCGGAAGGAAAGAGGAGGAAAAAAUUAGCCGAAGCAGCGGAUACUUGAAAACAGCAGGAUUUACCGUGGAAGAAUUUAGUCUGUCACGAAUACAAGUACGAGAUACUGAGACCCCGUCACUCCUUACGCUGAAUGACUCUCACAAGUUUAAUAGAUCUCUCACUGGCUGUUUGUAUAAUGAAACACCGUCAGUGAAAAGACCCGAAUAUUGAUAUAUCUGAGAAACUCUGAGGUUGGUGAGUGAGGAUCUUAUACCAUGAAAUAUUUCUUCCAAGAAUCCACAACACGGGCAGUUAGUUGUGUUUGUCACAGCAGCGGCUUAUUGGAUAGCAGCCAGGAGCAGUAGCAGAGAACAGCCAGAAGUAGUAGCAGGGUCGUUUGUAUUAUUGGAGAGUAGCCAGGAGCAGGAGGAAAGACCAGUCUGGAGCAGUAACAGCCUGGAGCAGUAGCAAGGAUGAGCCGCUACGCAGCGCUGCCGGAACCAGAGGUGGGAUUGUGGCUUCGUGUUUACAUCUACGGCCUCCAUGGCUUCCUUUUGGAGAUUCUCUUCACCGCCGCCUGGGACUUCGUUGUCAACAGAGACUGGGCUCUUAUUGGCUGCACUAGCGUAUGGUCGCUCUUCAUCUACGGCAUCGGUAGUUUGGUAAUCGAGAAAUUUUACCGUAUCUACCACUCUACCCUUCCCCUCCUGGUGCGAGGCCUCCUCUACGUCGUUUGGACCUACGUCUGGGAGUUUACUACAGGUAUGGUGUUGAGGCAGUACGGUGCCUGUCCGUGGGAUUACACCGAGAGAAACUACAAUCUUCUGGGACUGAUCACCCUGGAGUACUUCCCAGCUUGGUUCUUUGCUUCCAUCUUCACCGAGCAGCUGCUCAUUCAUAACCUUCUUUUCCUUUCAUUGUACUCACAAGAUUCACACAACCGCCUCCAUCAUAAGGGGUAAAGACGGCUCCAUCAUAAGGGAUAAAGACGGCUCCAUCAUAAGGGGUAAAGACGGCUCUAUCAUAAGGGGUAAAGACGGCUCUAUCAUAAGGGGUAAAGACGGCUCCAUCAUAAGGGGUUAAGACGGCUUAGUAGAUGCAUCAUACGAACGUAAACGCAAUAUAAGUCGAAAUGAACGACUGUCUAUGAAUAAAUAGAACGGUUGGAAACUUGAUGUGUAGUCCUGCUACUUGUCAGGACCAAGUCCUUUUUAUUCAUGAGAAGUUGUACAUGAAUGGUAUACAGUACCGAAAAGAUAGUGGAACAGUGUAACUGUGCCGUAGGCCAGUUACCACCCACUCACACCAAACUUUUUAUAAAGCUUUCCAAUAACAUUACCAAGUGUGGAGUCUAAUGUCCUCCACUAGCUGUUUUUCCCAUGUACUUCCGUCUACAAGCUGACAGUCACUUUUUUUUGACGGGUAACAUAAGUCCCUGACACUUUCCGUGCUGUGGCUGACAUUAAUUUAAAAAAUUAUUUGUAUUUUCUGCUUUGAAAUCAUGAAACUCUAUUGUUUCAUUUAUUAGGGGAAAGAAGACACUGAAAAAAAAAAAAACUUUUUUGGGGAGACAAUU